AUGGGCUCCUCGACUGAUCGCUUCCGCAGGAAAAAGGUUGCUAUCGUCGGCAGCGGCUCUGCAGGAAUUGGUGCCCUGUGGGCAUUAAACAAGACAUAUCAUGAUGUCUACGUUUACGAAGCCUCCGACAGGCUCGGCGGCCAUACAAACACAGUCGACUUCAAGAGGGGGAAGUUUUCGACAAAGGUUGACACAGGCUUCCACGUCUUGAAUGCCGCCACCUAUCCCAACUUUAUCAGCUUUCUGGAAAAGCUCAAUGUCAAGACCGCCCCGACAGAGUUGACAUUCAGUGUAUCUCGAGAUCGAGGUGCCUUUGAAUGGGCCGCUUCCAGCCUUGCUUCAAUAUUCUGUCAAAGAAGAAAUGUGCUCUCACCGCGAGUGUGGCGAAUGCUAUUCGACAUUAUCCGCUUCAAUCAGUUUGCCAUGGAUCUCUUGUGCAAUGACGAAGACGACAUAUCAAAUAUUGAGGUGCAAAGCAAGUCAACGAACCCUAUCGGCAAAGACGUCACUAUUGGAGACUACCUGCGACAUGAGGGGUAUUCGCAAGCUUUCAGAGACGACUACCUUCUGCCUCUGGCGGCAUCAAUAUGGAGCACCAGUCCAGACCAGUGCUCCCUAGAAUUCCCUGCAGUGACAUUUAUCCGCUUUCUGUGGAAUCAUAAUCUAUUGUCCAAUUUAACGGCACGCCCACAAUGGUUAACAAUUGAGGGAGGUGCCAGAUCAUAUAUCGAUGCUGUUUUGAGGGGCUUCCCCCCUAACCACUUGUUCCUCAAGAAAGCCGUUAGACACGUCACAACUGAAAGCAACGGCCAAGUUAGGCUCCACUUGGAAAACGGUUCAUCGGCCCUCUACGAUCAUGUCAUCAUAGCGACUCACGGUGAUGAGGCAUAUGAUAUCAUCAAGUCGUCGGCUACCGAGCAAGAACGCUCCAUCAUGUCUUGCUUCAAGACGUCGCAGAACGAAGUGGUUCUACACUCGGAUCUGGAUAUGAUGCCUCGACGCAAAAAGGCCUGGACUAGUUGGAACUAUCUUACGUUGUCGUCGCAAUCGUCUCGAAAGGCAAACAUCGACCACGUAUCACUCACCUAUAACAUGAACCUUCUUCAGCAUAUUCCUCGAAACACAUUUGGCGACGUCUUCGUCACUUUGAACCCACUCCAAAAACCGAAGCCAGAGAAAACACAGGGACGUUAUUACUACUCGCAACCAGUAUUUACAUCAUCCGCUGUCCGGGCGCAGAAACUUUUGAAACACAUUCAGAACACCCGUGGUAUUAGUUAUGCCGGCGCGUGGACCAAGUAUGGAUUCCAUGAGGACGGUUUCAGCAGUGGAUUACAGGUAGCUCAGAACCAUCUGGGUGCGAAGCUGCCAUUUCAAUUCGUCGAUUCUACCUAUAGUAGAGGUAAGAGACCUAACCUGGGUCUCAUUGAUCACCUUUUGCGAUUGAUUAUCUUGGUGAUCCAAGUCUUUGUGGUCCAGGUCAUUGAGCGAGUGGUCGGCAAAGGUCGCGCUCAGCGUCAACGACUUGUGAAUGGUGGCAGAGCAAGACUUAACGGCAAGUACCGAUAA